AUGGAACCGAAAGUAUGCAGUAUCCUUGACUGUGACAGCAGAAGCGAUCAAGGUGAUGAAGAACUUUGUUUUUUUGGAUUCCCGAGAAAGCCUAAAUAUCGCAAACUCUGUGUGGCUGCCACCGGACGCAGGUAUUGGUCUGCGAAAAGGAGUUCCCGAAUUUGCAGUAAACAUUUCCUGCCUGCUUGCUUCGCUGAGGGAGUGGGGAAAUCUCUGCUAGAGAAUGCUGUACCUACUGAGUUCAUCAAAACUCCUCCUGUGAUCCCUGAGAUGUAUGAGAUACCGGCGAGGCGUGAGAGCUCCGAAAUUACUGACUUCAGCAGCAUACUGCGGUCUUCAUCACCCCUAUCGACAGUGCUUGGCGAUCGCUCUUUGCAGCUCGACGAAUUACAAGACACGGCCGACUGGCCUAACCCAGGAGUAAAGUUUAUUCGCUUAGUAUUUGAAGAGCAAAUCGACCCAAACCAAAUAGUAUUAAGAAGCACAGCAGUAUCUCUACCAGAACCAGGAACGAGUUCUACAAUAACUGAAGCAGAAAUGCGAAGGAAACCUGUCACUGAAUCUGUGAGUCUAUCUGCACGACCGCCUACCGACGGAGCCACAAGACCUCCGGAAGAAUUAGCAUCAAUACUUUCAAUUACAUCUCCAUCCAGACCGGCAACGGGUCCCACAACACCUGAAAGGCAUCGUGCACCAAAAUCUACUAAAUCUGCAACUCCUAUCUCUAAAGAAGGAUCGGGAUCUAACUUUCUACCAUCAUGGGUAAGAAUUCCCCCUGAAUAUCCUGUCUCUAAUCCUAAGGAAGCUGGUUCCACAUUUAGGAAAAAGCUGUUUGCUUUCCUUCGUUGUCCAUAUAAUCCUUUGGAUAUAGAAUCAGAUUUACGAACAUUAAUAUCGUUGGGGGUGCACAUUUUUAUACUACGCAGGGGCAACUUCAGAGCUGUGGUUAAUUCGCUGUUCCGCUACUUUAUAGAAGUAUAG